AUGAUACUUGCGCGGGCUCUUGCUGCGCUAUCAGCCUGCGCUGCUGCACUUGCAGCUCCAGCUCCAACUGAGAAGCGCGGUGUCAAUUUUGGCUGGGGCCAAGAGAAGAUACAAGGCCUUAACAUUGGUGGUUGGCUUGUUUUGGAACCAUGGAUCACGCCCUCAAUCUUCGAGGCUGCAAACGCAAACCGGCCAGCAAAGGACAUUGUCGAUGAAUACACAUUGGGUCAAAAGCUAGGGAGGGAUGCAGCUCUCCAGGUUCUUCGUCGGCAUUGGGAUACUUGGGUCAGGUGGGAGGACUUCAACAAGAUCAAGCAAUCUGGAUUCAACGUGGUCCGCAUUCCCAUUGGUUUUUGGGCCUACGAUACAUUUGGCUCGCCAUAUGUGUCUGGAGCAGCCCCAUACAUAGAUGCCGCCAUCGACUGGGCUCGGGGCCUGGGUUUAAAGAUUAUCAUAGACCUUCAUGGUGCUCCUGGCUCCCAGAACGGCUACGACAAUUCCGGUCAGCGAACAGACAACCCCCAAUGGACCACUGGCAACAACGUGGACAAGACAGUCCAGGUGUUGAGGACCAUCUCCCAGAAAUACGCGCAGACCAAGUACCAGGACGUCGUCGUUGGCAUCCAGCUUCUCAACGAACCAGCUCUUUACCUCUCUCAAGUGAAUGAGGAUGCCACUAGACAAUUCUACCGUGACGGUUACGGCCAAGUCCGUCAAGUCUCCGACACCCCCGUCAUUCUUCACGACGGCUUCAAAGCUCCAAACACGUGGAACGGAUUCCUCACGCCUUCCGACAACAACGCACAGAAUGUUGCAAUGGACCAUCACGAAUACCAGGUGUUCGACAAUAACCUCCUGCGCAAGUCGCCACAAGAGCAUGCCCAAUAUGCGUGCAGCAACUCUGAAUCCUACAACGGUGCUGACAAGUGGAGCGAAUGGACCGGCGCAAUGACCGACUGCGCCAAAUACCUCAACGGCUACGGCCGCGGCGCACGCUACGACGGGACUCUAGCCGGCAGCUCUUACAUCGGCGCCUGCGGCUUCCAAAACGACAUUUCGAAAUGGAACCAGACCUUCAAAGACAAUACCGCCCGAUACAUCGAGGCCCAGAUCCAGGCGUACGAAUCGAAAACGCAGGGCUGGUUCUGGUGGAACUUCAAGACUGAGGGCGCAGCGGAGUGGGAUGCAUUCCGCCUCAUUGAUGCUGGCGUGUUCCCGAAAAUACGGAAUGGGCAGGUGCAGUACAAGUUCGGCAAGCUUUGCUAG